AUCAUCAUCAUCUGAUUUAGGUCAUCACCUCCUCUUUAUCUCGUUCUAUCCUAUCUACUUUGAAUUUGAUCUUCAUUAGGUACUAUCAUCCUACUUUCAUCGAUUGUUUCGUUCCUCAUAUCCUACCUUUCAAUUCAUCGCAAAUCGUUCAACACUUGAACCCUUUCUACUUUUUCAAUCUUCAUUACCGUCCAGAUCACUACAACUACUCAACAUAUCUCAACUCUUGACCAUGUCUCCUCUCCUCGCUGAAGUUGCGUCGGAUGGUUCCGUUUCAACCCCAAGCGUCUUCAUGAGCCCUCAACUUGGUCAAACUGGUACCACUUUCGAUAGUCGUGAGCAUUUCAUCGAGCAUUGCAAGCGAACGGCAGCCUCCUUUGGCUUUCAUCUAGCCUCCAGAGGAUCGUAUCCUAAAAAGAUCCGUCAAGACAUAUGUUUUGCUUGUACUGUGGGUCGAAACUAUAAGCGACCUAAGAAGAACAACGGCGUCUCAGAACCUGCUACUCCAGCGCCUGGGGAAGUCGUUCAAGCACCUUGUCCGGUUGCGGUGACUGCAAAAUGGCAAGUGAACCCGGACGGGACGCUCGUAGAAGGUGGCAAAUUUGAGAUUACUCAAUCGCAACUUACCCAUAAUCAUUCACCUAUCGUCCAUCAAAAUCCUACUGCUAACAGCUUUCAAUCUUCGCCUACCGUCAAAAAUCCUCAUUCUAAAACUCUUCUCAAUCAUCCCCGCCCCGCCGGUACUCCUGCUGGUUCUUUUGAUGCCAAAAGUUCUUUGAAUAAUAUCGACACUAACCCCUCGUUAGAGUCAGACUCAGCCGAGUAUCAGAACCCUAAUCGCAAACCUCAUUCGAAUCUAACCACGGCUCAUAGUAGAUUAAAUUCUACAUCUGAUUCUCACACCCAGCUCGACAUCCUGCCUUCUAUCUCUUCAUCACCACCCGUUUCUUCUUCCUCUGCUUCUAAUUUGAUCGAGACCCAUUCCAAUCACUCUCGAUAUCCUUCUUCCUCUCACGAUCAACACCUCAUCAUGCAAUCAGCUUCGUAUCCUCGUCAAGCUCAAAAACUUGCUUCAGCCACUGAACAAGGUCUUUACCCAGACCCUCCGCCUGACGAAUCAAUCCACCCGCAUCUACCUCGGGUUGGCGAAAUCUUCAAAUCAUGGGACGAUUUUCGCACAUAUGCUCGUCAGGGUGCCGAGGCUCGAGGCUUCGCUCUCAGUCAAUCCCAAUCAAAGGGAAGUUCUGGUACGAUCGUUUUACGAUGUAGUAGAUUCAAAGAACCUGGUACGGCUGGUCAGAAGAUGGCCGAGAACGGAUGCGAGGCAGUCUACAAGGUCAUGAAGGCGAAGAAUGGUGUUGAGGGGUUCGAAGUGGUACAAGUGAACGAUCGGCAUAAUCACCCGUAUGGUCCUCAUGUACCGUUCCACAACCCGAGUCGAGCGCAUCCAAGUAGCAAUGGCUCUGGAGCGCCGAAGCGAAAGAGGGUAAAAUCGGCCCACGUUCCAGCCAAUCCUACUGAGGGCUUUGCUGCUUAUGACUCCGCUGGCCCGAGCUCAAUUGCCGCGGGAGCCACUCCACCGGCAGCAGCGGUAGCCAAUACCAUGUCAGCUCCGAAACCGUUCUUGUUUGACCCUUAUACCGGAAAGCCACUUCGAUCCUCUGAUACACCCGCACCAACCGCUCCCGGGUCGAGUGACCACGCAAGCCCCAGCCCACCCUCGAACCGAAGCGAGGAACCUGUGCCAGCCGCAGGCAUAGUUCCACCCGCCAAGAUGUUAGGUCAACUCCCAUACUAUUACAUUCCCCCUACUCAAAACGGAGAACCGACCAAUUAUGCUACAGAGGCUACCAUGAGUGGAUAUGAGAAACAAAAGGCUACACUCCUGAAUACAAUCACUCCAAUGGCAAGGAACGUCAAACGUCCAGCCAAUCAUGAUGCACAGUCGCUUCUCAAUAUCCGAUUAUCAAUCAAGGCUCAAGUACAGAUUGUUGAUUUCUUGACGAGCUUGGCACCUACUAUGGCGGCAUAUGGACCACAUUUCAUUUGGAUUGGAAUUCGUAGUCCGGUUGAUUUGUUAGAGAUUGAAGAUCAAUCUGGUCAAGCUGAGUUAGAGUGUUUGUUUGAUGAACUAGAUACUAGUGGGAUGGGUGGUACAGGUGAAGGAAUGGGUACAGAGGAAAAGGUAUUGAUGUUGAAAGGUUUGAAGAAGUUGAGAUCGAUAAGAGAAAAGGCUAAUGGGAAUUAAUUAUGAAUCCUCAUCAAAUCAAAUGAAGGCAUCUUAUUCAAGAGUUAUAUUUUAUCAUUACUUUUCCGAUUUCUCAUCAUUAUAUCAAUGUAUAAUUUUGUUGUUUGUUACUCUUUUUUUUUUGUUUUUUUUUUCUUUUUUUUUUCUUUUUUUUACAUUUGUUAGUUUUUGUUGUAGGCUCAUGGUAUCAGUAAGAAAAAAGAGUGUAUGGUCCUGAAAACUUGAAGGUGGGCAAAAAAAUAAUUGCAAGUAUUAUAUAGUCAUCUUGUUUGCAUGUCUAUGUAUACCAAGACAUCUGCCA